AUGAGGUUAGUUUUGUUCAGUCUUGCCUAUCUGUUCGGUAAAAGCGAGCCAUGUGCGAAUACCGCUCUAUCACGAGAUACAGAGAUCGUAACCGAUCCUACCUUCACGUUCAGAGUCAGUCCACCAGUGAGAUGGACCUACUAUCCACAAAUUGUUUCAAUAGGAGCCAUACAGGUGACAAACUUUUUUCCUGGUCAGUCUGCGACAUCAGCAGAUGCUUUACAAGCAGCACAAAAUGAAGUGAAUGCGGCGUUUCUCGAAGCCUUGUCAAGGCAACCGCUUCCAACUAUCGGCGUCUCUGCUACAGUAAACUACUCACCGGAUGAGAUUUCUAACUGCUACACUGGUCAACCAUUCCCAGGUGGGACCAGAAUCGGCUACUUAGCCGGCGGUGCUAUAACCCAAAUAGCAAUUGUGAGUGGUCCAGCAUUUGCCGCCACCACUUGCCCUCUAUCGCAGACUUUAUUGCAACCCGGUAUAAGUGCCUAUCAGGAAUAUAUCAAGACUGUAACGGUCUCAACUCGGGGCGGAUUAUCAAUGACGAGGUACCAGUGGGAUAGGAUAACAUCACAGUUCCAGACAACACUCAACUACCGAUAUCAAAUAGGGAAAUCAAGUGAAGCACGUCUCAUGCGAGACACAAGAAGUGGAUUGUCACGAAAGACAGUGAGAACCUCACAGCCCUCAACUUCUUCGGAAUCUGAAGUUAUCGAUUCGAAGGCAGUCGCAGCGGACGCUGAAAGCAAAACAAGAGAUGCACGAAGGAUCACACGAAGUGGGAUAAGUGCUGAUGCAUUAGUCAAGCAAGAGGAGUUGCCCGGAAAAGUAAAAGAGGAAAAUUUGCCUGUCAGCCGCUUCAGAAGAAGGCCCGGCGUCGUUGAACUUCCAGGUCAAUCACCAGCAAGAUCCAACGAUGGUGAUUCUGAAAACGCGGAGUCGAAUGCCCCAUCUGCAUCAGGAUUGCGACGAUCGGCGAGAGAACCGAGGCCGAAGCGAGCGUUAAGUCCCACACCAGUCAGUCCUAAACGCCGACCACGCGUGAAAAGACCUAGUACAGCUACGGACAACGAUGUAAAGGAUCCUGCAAUUCCUGGUUUUUCGAACAAGUCGGCGGGAGAUCGGCCCGGAGGUGGUACGCCGCGGUCAUCGAUUCAGGCCAGCACCAGCGAUGGGAAACUUCUUGAUCGGAAUGUUGAAUUUGGCAACGAUGCUAUCGUUGAGUAUGACAUGGAGAAUGAUCUUGUGGAUAUUCAGCCGUUUGAUUCUGGAGAUACUAUCAGUGAAGUGUUUGUCACGGCGAAGUUCACCGGGCGGAGAGUUACUGAAGCCUCUGUUGAGGUUGCCGUACUAGAUGCGCCUCCGGCUGUCACUACGCAGGCUCGAGGCACUUCCUCAGCUGUUAAAUUAGCUGCUAUGAAGAAGGAGACCGUUUCUGAACAGCCUACUAGUCUUGAGACAAGUAGCGAAAACAAUUUCGAUGAGAAUCCUGGUAGUGAAAUGGAACCACCCGUUUUGGAUGGACCGAUAAUUGGUGCACCAACUUGUGACUUCAAACCAGGAGUGGACAUGCCUCCCACACUCAUGGCUGAUGGUGUAGUGAAUAAAGGAACGCCGAAGCCUGUACAUUAUGUGGUUGGCGAAAUUUACCGAGUUCAUACACCAAAUGGUACUGAACAAGAAGUGCAGCUAGCAGUGAUGGACGAUGGGUCGGAAGCAUUAGUGAAUGCCAAUGGCGAAAUAGUUGACAUGACUCCCGAAGACUCUUAUGCUGCAAUUGAUAUAUGUGACAUCGAGUUCAAUUUCCUUGACGAAAAGAACGUUGUAUGUGGCCUUUGUGGGGAAGUUGUAGUUUAUACUACACUCUUCACUGAUCAUCUUGCGAGGAUUCAUCCUGAGAUGAUGGAGCCCGACAUGAUGAUUGGUGACAUGUCAUAUGUCGACUAUUUGAAAUCGAAACUAGAGACUGACAGGAAGAAUAUACAAAAUGGAUUCAAGUUUGCGAAGCAGUCAAUGUUUCGUAAAACACCACGCAAAGUCAGCCAGAUUCGUAUCAAUCCAUCAGAGAUGAAUAUGGCACAGCUGGAAGUGGCAUUGAGGAAGAAGUUAUUGGAAAAGAUGGGCAGAAGAGUAAAUGUUUCUCUUGUCGACAAAGAGCACGUCAAAUGCGGACAUUGCAACUCUGUUAUCUCUAUCAAUAGGAAGUUUGAGAUUGUACAUGUGGUUCGUCACUUCAACGCUUGGCAUCCGACCAAUCAUCAGUGUGCUGGGCAAUGGCCAAAGAGGGUUCAGAGACCGGGCGUUGGUAAGCCCUUAUCAAAACAGGAUUUCGCCGUCAUUGAUUUAUCUCAUACUCAACCUGACAAUCUGCAAUGUAUCUGGUGCGGAAUGUUCAUCGAUGCCACCACUAUAGCAGUGCACUUCACAGAUUGCCAUCCGGGUGAAGUUGAAGUUCCGAAAUGCUUACUUUGUAUCCAGGAGUUGGUCAUCAACGCUCGCGUCAUAGAAAAGUUUGGAUCUGAUUUUGAAAUUGUUCUAAAGGAUGAGUUCCAUAUAAAAGUCGGAAAACUUAAUAAGUUAUACACUUCCGAAUCCUUGAUGGACGCUGCCAUCGAGAAGUAUCUUGAUCUAUUGAAUGGAAAGAGAAAAAGGUCUGCAAUAACAGUAGAGCGACGGGUUUUCGAAGGAGAUUCUGUGGUUGUACAGACUACUGCCAUACCAGGUGAAGACGAUUCUAUGGAUGAUCUUGAUGAAGGCGAACCGCAGCCGUUGAGGAGAACGCAUACCAAUAGUCGUAUGGUGUUCGGCAAACACAAUAAACCAAAGAGAAGCAUGGUUCAGCCCAUAUAUCGGCAAGCUCCGCCCACCAAUUCCGAAUACGUUAAAGUAAUCAAUGAGUCUCAUUGGAAGUGCAAACUCUGCGAUGCUGACUUGUACGGAGCCGUGAUCUCUGCAUGUGCCAUUCGGCAUUUCAAAUUGAAACACCCUCAAGAUUCGGAUAGUCUUCAAUUUGAAGUUGUGAGGGCGCGUUUGGAUAGAAUUAGUGAUGGAUGCAUGGAAUUCGUACAUCCAAUGAUGUUGGAAUGCUUAAUAUGUCACUUGACUUACCAACUCCACAAGCCUUACAAUGUAUGCCGUGGUAUACGACAUCUGAAAUCAAGACAUCCUGAGAUAAUGCCGGAGUUCAACGGAGAGCCGUUACGGCGGUACCGAAAAACAGGCACAGCUUUACGGUUGGAUGACGAUCCGAAUAUACCGCGAAGACGACGAGAAACACAUCCACCUGCAAGUAACAAUCCCGACAUGGUUGCACGGCUAAAGCCUCAAUAUCCAGAGAGUUAUGAGAAGGUACAAACUGUGUAUGGUGAUUCUGGUGAUGCAACAGAGUAUGUGCUGGUGGGAGAAGGAGAAGGUGACCAUAUAGUAAAGGAGAAUUUGAGAAGAGCGCCGAAUAGUUCUCGAAACGAAAAUCAGCAAGAUGUACAGCAGCCUCAGGAUGACGCCGGUAGUACUGCUACAGAUGUGAAACCUGGACGAGAAGUUGUAUUUGAACUGAGUUUUGACUAUAAUCAUCUGGAUGCUGACGGGAAACCCCAGAAGCACCUUGUUCGUGUCACACCCAAUCCCGACGCAGCGGCACCCGCUAAAACAGCUGUAAAUUCGAACGCUCAACGUACUCAAUAUGUGAAAGAGAAUGGUAAUAGCAGCGUCAGAGAAGUGGCGAAGGAUCAGCUGGAGGCUAACGAGGUGUUUUACGAAGAAGCUCAUGCGGAUGGCUCAGCGACGGAAAAUACGGUCAUGCUUGGCGAUGUUCUAUUUGUUGAUGCCGAUGGAAAUGAGAUCAUACAACGUACUACAGCUCUUGAAGAUGGUACUAUUCAGCAGCAAUAUCUAGGCCAGGCUGAGGAUGGUUCAUUGUUCUUAUUGGACGACAUUGUCGCAGCCGGUUUACAUCCAUAUUCGCAAGGCGUCGAAGAAGUGUAUGAUGCCGAAAUAAUAGACGAAGGUGUCGCCGGACCGUCCUAUUCCCGAGUCGAUCAGCGGGAGUUUCGAGAUGGAAAUCAAGAAGUUGAAGCUUACGAAGGAACUCUUAUGCAUACUUAUGGUGCUGGUGAGCGACAGAAUGUGCAGCAGCAGUACGGUGAAGACGUGGUAAUUGACGAAACGAUGCACUAUAAUGAGGGCGAGGUGGUGAUGGACGAGGCUGAGUAUGAACACAUCGCGGACUAUGGGGAACAUUUUGAACAGCCGCCCACAACUGAAGAUCAAGGAAACGUAAUCAUUGGCGAUGGAAAUACGAGGAUGUUGAACUCGUCGAGCAGGGAAGGCAGUUCAGCGCUAUAG